GGCGCAGGUGAGCACCGCUUCCGGGGUCGGGAGCCUGCCGCGAGGCCGCUCCCGCCUCUGCUCGGUCGGGUGUGCGGGAGACUAUGGCGUCCUCCUCGGUCCCGCCGGCCACCGCACCCGCGGCGACAGCGGCCCCCGGCCCGGGUUUCGGCUUCGCCUCCAAAACCAAGAAGAAGCAUUUCGUGCAGCAGAAGGUGAAGGUGUUCCGGGCGGCCGACCCGCUGGUGGGCGUGUUCCUGUGGGGCGUAGCCCACUCGAUCAAUGAGCUCAGCCAGGUGCCUCCCCCGGUGAUGCUGCUGCCAGAUGACUUUAAGGCCAGCUCCAAGAUCAAGGUCAACAAUCACCUUUUCCACAGGGAAAAUCUACCCAGUCAUUUCAAGUUCAAGGAGUAUUGUCCUCAGGUCUUCAGGAACCUCCGUGAUCGAUUUGGCAUUGAUGACCAGGAUUACUUGGUGUCCCUCACCCGAAGUCCCCCGAGUGAAACUGAAGGCAGUGAUGGUCGCUUCCUCAUCUCCUAUGAUCGAACUCUGGUCAUCAAGGAAGUAUCCAGUGAGGACAUUGCUGACAUGCAUAGCAACCUCUCCAACUACCACCAGUACAUCGUGAAGUGCCAUGGCAACACACUGUUGCCCCAGUUCCUGGGCAUGUACCGAGUCAGCGUGGACAGCGAAGACAGCUACAUGCUGGUGAUGCGCAACAUGUUUAGCCACCGUCUUCCUGUGCACAGGAAGUAUGACCUCAAGGGCUCCCUAGUGUCCCGGGAAGCCAGCGAUAAGGAAAAGGUUAAAGAAUUGCCCACCCUUAAGGAUAUGGACUUUCUCAACAAGAACCAGAAAGUUUACAUUGGCGAAGAGGAGAAGAAAGUAUUUUUAGAGAAGCUAAAGAGAGAUGUGGAGUUCCUAGUGCAGCUGAAGAUCAUGGACUACAGCCUUCUGCUGGGCAUCCACGACAUCAUUCGGGGCUCUGAACCAGAGGAGGAGGGGCCUGUGCGGGAGGAGGAGUCAGAGGGGGAUGGGGACUGUGGCCCGACAGGACCUCCUGCUCUGGUGGGUUCCUAUGGCACCUCUCCUGAGGGUAUCGGCGGCUACAUCCAUUCCCAUCGGCCCCUGGGUCCUGGAGAGUUUGAAUCCUUCAUUGAUGUCUACGCCAUCCGGAGUGCUGAGGGGGCCCCCCAGAAGGAGGUGUAUUUCAUGGGCCUUAUUGACAUCCUGACACAGUAUGAUGCCAAGAAGAAAGCAGCUCAUGCAGCCAAAACUGUCAAGCAUGGGGCUGGGGCAGAGAUCUCUACUGUCCAUCCUGAGCAGUAUGCUAAGCGAUUCCUGGAUUUUAUUACCAACAUCUUUGCCUAAGAGACUGCCUGACUCCAUGGAAGAGCUGGGGAAGGGGGUUGUUUGCCAACUUCAGGACCUGACUGGACAGAUGGACCCAGCUCAAGCAACUACUCUGGAUGCACUUUGCUGUGUGGGAUGAACUAAGAGUAUUUGAAUUUUGCUGAUAACUUUAUAGAACUCACUGUGGCAUGCUUCCUUCCCAGUGGGCCCUGGGAUGGAAGAAUUUCAAGAUACUACAGAUGUGGGUGCUGGCAUGUACACAUAUGAUGGGACAUGGCCAGUCUUACACACAAGUGGGGUGGAGAGUGGUCAGCAGGCUGGCACCUCAUGGAGGUGGGACCUAAGAGGUCUCUUGAUUAUGCAGGGAAUUGGAGAAGGUCUAUGUCAAGGAUUGACUACUCUCCAGUCUCUUCCCUCACCCCACUUCCACCCCGACUCCUGUACUUCUGGGUGCGGGACCCCAGAGAUGGCCACAGCGUUCCAAAGGUGUUUGAUUGACUGUUGCUGCUCUUCACCAGGACCUCAUACCCAUCUUGGGGCUGGAACCCUUCAGUGGGGGUGCGGCCUGGGAUGAUGGGGCAGGGGUGUAAGGUUCAUUCUCCAUGUUAAAUUUCCUUUCUUCGUGUCUAGCCAUCCCUGUGGUUUUAGUCCUAGCAGAAGGCAAUAUCACUGCCUGGGUCAACCCUGGUCAUGUAAAGAGGAAGCCUCAAGUGUGGGAACCUCCUCUGCUCCCUGGAGGUGUGCACCUAGCAUACUCCCUUCCCCGACCCCUACUCAAACCGGUUUUCCAGUUGGUUUUGUUAUUCUGUUCUCUUCUGUCCUAUCUUAUACUGCUACUGUGUCUCCCAGGGGACAGAUGGCCUUGUUUGUCAUCUUCACUCUCAACCCCUAGAGAGGAGUCAGAGCCAUAACUCAAUCACCCAGCCCCCUCCAAAGAGGGUUGAGUUGAUUCGUGAUAGUCUCAGAAUGUAGAGGACCCUGAUGAGCUGAGAUAGUGUCCUCCCCUCCCCCCAAUGCCUUUGGGGCUAAGGAAGCCAUUCUUUUUGCUAUCCUCUAUCUCCCAUGAAGCUUCUACAUUUUUUUAAACAUAAAGAUGGGUAUACCAGCAGCUGGCCUGUGGGGAUGCAAAGAUUCUUCGCUCUAUAUCUGGCUGGACUGAUCUGUCACACAGAAGUCAUGAGGUCAUAAAGGAGAAUUCCUCUCUCCCCUGCAUCUUCUACUCCAAAGGAAGUAAUGAGGAGUCCCCAGUGAAGGAUUGGAGCCCCUACCAUACCUUCCUGUCAGAAGUCUGAUGGAUCUUUUUCAUUCCAAGUCUACCUUUCCCCUGUUGAAUGCAAUAAAACUCCAUGACACCAGCAACUGUUGUUCUUUAGAAAUGGGUUUUCUGACCAUGUGGCUAAUGUAUCAUGAGCGGUAUGGUCUUCAUUAGUUGUUUCUGUUUUUCAUCUUUUUUGUUUUAUUAAUAGAAAAGAUCUUGUGUAUUUACUCCCAUUGCUGUCACUAUAUAGAAAAUAAAUUAUUG